UUGCGCGAAAACGCGUCCCACGUAUGCGCAGCACUACACGAUAUCCAGGUCAGAAUCACUUUGAGAAAAUCCAUUUGGAAACUACAGACAGUUGGAAUUCUCAAAUUUCAAGCAUGCUUUCCCAUCUAGUUCCUGAUCGAGACCAAGGAGAAUGUCCACGCAACAAACGACGGAGGCCACCGCAGUCGGCGGGGCUGGUGCCAUCGUGGCUGGAGAGCUUGAAGAACAGCUUGGGGAAAAAUUUUGACAAACAUGCUGCGAGAGUUCAGCUGUCGACACUGUCCACCCAGACCCGUCCACAAACCCGUACCACCAGGUUUCGCGGGUUCUUCAACACCCCCUGUGCAGCCUCCCGACUUCCAGCAGCAAUCACGGUCAAAUUAUCCUCCCUCCUUCUCUUGAAAUAUGACCUGAGAUCAGACAGCCUGGUCAUGGGCUCUGAAGCCGAACUCUUGUUUUCUCUGCCGAAAACCAACGAAGAAUAUCGUUUGAGCGGAACAUUAUAUUGCAUUGCUCCACCCAACGCGACAGUAUCCCAGUUGCCUUCUUGGGCUCGUGGCAUUAUGACAAAUCCAUGCAUGUGGGACGCAGAACGACGGCGAGUGUGGAUGAGCUUGAGUCCAAAGGAACAGAAGGAGUACGGAAGCGAAGAGCAUUUCGGGAUUUUAUUAUUAGACGUGGAUUCUGUAGAUCAUUUGGUGUUGGAAGAAUGGAAUGAGGUGGUGGCCAAGGAGCGGACGCUCUUCAAGGUGGUUGUGCCCAAGCGGACUUGGGGUAGGAUUACGGGGGUUGACUGGGAGGUUGAAAUUGUAAAAUAAUUCUCUGCGUAUAUAACAAGAUAGAGACUGUGUAUAAUCAUGCAAGUCAUUUAAAAUCAGAAUUCAUCCCG